CGUCGCGAGGUCUGGCGGUCCACUUGGUUCAAGUGGCCAACGACGACUCGGGGAGGAUGGCCCUGGCGACGCUGCCAUUGAUGUUGUCGUUGUUGGCCGGAGUCUUCUCAGCCUCUGUGAACAGUCCAUUUGAUCAGCCUUCAGAAUACAGAACUCCCAACUGUGCGCAGUACAAGUUACCCGGCUGCCCCAGAGACUUUGACCCCGUGUGUGGGAGCGACAUGUCCACUUACCCCAACGAAUGCACCCUGUGUAUGAAAAUCAGGGAAGACGGCCACGACAUCAAAAUCAUCCGGAGUGAGCCAUGCUGAUGGACCAGUUCAGAGGAGAAGGGGGCCGCCCCACCUCCUGUGCCCGCCACCUGGAGCUCAUCCCUGCCCCCUUCUGAGGUCGCUAGCUCGCAUGUUCCGGGAGGACAUGUGGGUGAGAGCCCCAUGUAGCAAUGGCCACUCAGAGAAAGCUCCUUUGCCCCUUUAGUGCAUUACUAUUGUAAUAAAACCAGCAU